AUGGACUGUCAGGGCGGUGCCUCGACCGACUCUGCCGCCAGCCAAGUGCCAAAGGCCAAGCGCCCUCGCCGCAGAGCGUCGACCAAGAAACAUCAGCGUGAGGAAGAGAGGCAAAGGCGGAAGGCGGAGCCCAACGAGCGGAGAAUGAUUCUGCGCAAGGCCGGAGUGUGUGGGGAUGCCAACCGCGCACGAAACGAACGCUCGCGGGAGAUUACUUAUCUACGGGAUCCAAUGGAGAGCCGACAGUCUCAAGAAAGGAAGGGGAAGAAUGGACCGAGUUCUAUUGCACGGGUGGAUGUCAAACAGUCCUCGCAAAUCAUAAGUAUACGGCAGGGACUAGCAGAGCAGCAGAAACGCCGACGCGAGGAGGCAGAGCGAGCGAAUGUGCUUUUGCGACUCGCUUUGGAGCGUCAAACCAAGGUUGCGGACAGGUUUCGUAACUUGGAGAAGCGAGAUACACAACUGAGAAUUGAGUGUAUGUCGUUAAUGACAUUAACUCGCUCAAAGCAUCAAGUUGUAGAUGUAUUGCAGCUGCGUGGCGAUUUGGCGGACUUCAAUGGGCUCUUCCCGCGCCUCGAAGCCUCAUACCCAAGAAUUGACGACGUUUUCAUUGCGAACGGAUUGGCUGGAAUGACAGUUGCGCCGGUCGACGUGCACGUUCGAGAAGGUGUCGAUGGCAACUUCUUUGAGCUAUCGACGUACAAAACACUACCAUGUGAUGUGCGUUCAAACUCGGAGGCAGCCUGGAGACACUUCAAAGGAGAUGAGAAGCACCUUGGCAACGGCAGGUUGUACACAAAAACCGAGAAGCCGUUCACGCUCAUCGCCGACUUUAAGAAGAAGAUUGUUUCCAACAGCUCUCGGGCUGAUGUCCGCGUCAAACAAGCUAUCCGACGAUAUCGGUUUCCAGACUCGACCCCGGAUCGGGAACUCUCCGUACUGCAGCUCUGCUACAUGAUUUCCAUCGACCGCGACAUAGAGACACUGGAUGAUAUGCGCCGCAUGACGGACUUCAUGAUAGUCAGCGGUGGUCAAAACAUGCGAGACCAUCGCGAGUUCAUUGAGAACGCACUCAUCGACCAAGCAACAGCUAGAAACUAA